AUGGAAAAGGAUAAUGUAGAAGAUGAGAAGGAAUGGAAAAGAAUGGAGAGUUUGAGGGUGAGGUUGAGGAAGAGGGAUGAGGUUGAGGAAGAGGGAUGUCUUGAUGACUUUUUUUUUCCUUUAUCCCAGGUUUCAUUGGCACCGCACCUUCUUCACUCGUUGCAACACUUCAAAGCCACACACAGAGAGCAAGUUCAUUCAUUCAUUCCUCUGUUCUUGUUCUUCUUCAAAGUCAACACCACCACCACACGCGUCUUUUCAUCCGCCAUGGACGAAAAAGUACCCUGGUCUGAACUCCUCCCCACAGAACUCUGGCCCAAGAUCGGAAAAUCCCUCGACAACCACAUCGACGUUCUCCGAUUCCGCAGCGUCUGCAUUUCCUGCCGAUCUUCCAUCCCUCCUUCUCUUCCAAACUCUCCCUCCUUCCCUCUCCAAAUCCCUCACCCCAUGAACAAUUCCACUGACACCUUCCUCAUCCAAUCCACCAUCUACCGCAUCGAACCAGGUCACGCAACUUCAAACCCCAAUUCCAAAGGCUGGUUGAUCAAGGUUGAGGAAUCGAAGAAUCGUCCCUUGGUUUUGCUUAGUCCAAUCUCCGACCGCAAAAUCUUCUACCCUCUUGCCACUUCUCAGAUGCUCUGGAACUUAAUCGACCACCGUGUCAUUGAGGUUUGCAAAUCGUACACCAUCAAAACCUCUGGGAGAUUCUCCUCCGCUGUGAAUAAAGUUGUCUUGUUUCCUAACAAUCCAUGGAUCAGCGUUGACGAUUGCGUCGCUUGUUGCAUUUUUCUAAAUGGGAAAUUAGGGUUUAUGAAAAUUAGGGGUGACAAUGAGAAUGAGAAUGAGAAUGACAAGUGGGUGCUUGUGGAUGACAAGAAUUUCUACUAUGAUGAUGUGAUUGUGUUCAAGGGACAGUUUUAUGUGACUGAUAAGUGGGGGACUAUUUCAUGGGUUGACACUUCUUCAUUGAAGCUGAUUCAGUUUUCCCCUCCUUUGUGUGGGUUUGGGAACAGGAAGCAUUUGGUGGAGUCAAAUGGGAGUCUCUAUGUUGUUGAUAGGUUCUGCGGGGAAGGCGAACCGAGGAGAAGAAACUAUGUUGGACGGUUAGAGGCUGUUGUGGAACAUUUCAAAGUUUAUAAGUUGGAUGAAGAGUGGGGAACAUGGGUUGAUGUUAAGGAUUUGAGGGAUAGAGCGUUUGUUUUGGGUAAUAGUUGCAGUUUUUCUGUUGCAGCUAAGGAGUUGAUUGGAUAUCAAGGGAACUGUAUCUACUUCAUUGAUAUUUUCGAUGUUCGAGUGUUCAACUUAGAGGAUCAAAGCAUCAUUACCAUUGACUUUGAUCCUUUUCUUGAGAAGUAUUUUUGGCACCCAUCUUGGCUCACCAUUGCAGGACAUAACCAACUUCGCAUUAAUUGAGUUUGAAGGGAUACUUUUUGUGGUCAAAACAGUUACAAGCUUCCAUAUGAAGGACACCUCUCCCUGAAGAAGUACAGAGUGCAGUCACUUGUCCCUAAUAGGUGCAAAAAUGGAAAGUUAAUCUUGAUUUGUAGAAAAGUGGCUUUCCUAUCUGUGUAAUUAUUGGUUCAUUUGCUAAAUGAUCAGUGUCACACGAUGGCGGACAUGAAAAGCUUGACUUCAUGGGAUCUGCCAAUUCCACUUUGUAACAAGGAAAGAAUCAAGAACAUAUGUGUGAUAUUUGACUAUUUGUGGCACUGACAGUAGCAUAUAAUUAGAUUGGGUUUUGUAGUUCAAGGAUGGGAGCGUAUGUAAAUCAAUCAGUUAUCUUCUACUC